GAAGCCAAGCAGUGUGGUGGUGGGCUCGCUGAUGAGCUGUGCGUCGAGGAAGCCAAGCAGUGUGGUGGUGGGCUCGCUCAUGAGCUGUGCGUCGAGGAAGCCAAGCAGUGUCGUGGUGGGCUCGCUGAUGAGCUGUGCGUCGAGGAAGCCAAGCAGCGUAGUGGUGGGCUCGCUGCUGAGCUGUGUGUAGAGGAAGCCGGGCAGUGUGGUGGAGGGUUCGCUGAUGAGCUGUGUGUAGAGGAAGCCAAGCAGUGUGGUGGUGGGCUCGCUGAUGAGCUGUGUGUAGAGGAAGCCGGGUAGUGCGGUGGUGGGCUCGCUGAUCAGCUGUGUGUAGAGGAAGCCGGGCAGUGUGGUGGUGGGCUCGCUGAUGAGCUGUGUGUCGAGGAAGCCUUGCACUGUGGUGGAGGGCUCGCUGAUGAGCUGUGUGUCAAGGAAGCCGGGCAGUGUUGGACACGUUGCUUGCAUUCCACAAAUAGGUUCACACAGUUUGUGCAUGUUUCUACAACGGCUGAGUUCUGGAUCUCAGCCGUGGAUGCGGAAUUAUGUUGUUUCAAUCAUCGUUUUUUGGGAGGUUUCGAUCGGCUGUCAGAUGUGUUGCAGAAUCUCAGAGAAUAUCCGCUGGUGUGAUAUUUAGCAGAACAGGAAGUCAAGGCAGUAGCGUAGAUAUUUAGGUUCCCGUGAAGAGUCCGCAUCGUGACGUUCCGUGGUUGUUGGGUGUCGCCGAGUCCACGGUGGCAGCUUUCUGCCCCACACUCGGGCAGCGCAGUUCAGAGCCUGAGGAAUCUCCCGGGGCGCACGCCGAUGUAUGAGGCUCCGAGAAGACAUCAGCCCUCCAGCUCAUGCCAGCCCAUUUUUGAAUGAGGUUGAAGGCCAGCGUGAAACCGCAAACAAAAUGACUCUUAAUGAAUCCAGGGCAACUCUGGGCACUCUCUAGAGUUCUGCCAGGCGCCUGCAUGCGCAGCCACCAGCGUGCGUGCGUGAGCGUGCGUGAGCGUGCGCCGCACAAGUAAUGGACAGCGCCACACAGUGCGGCCUGCACGAAGCUCCUGACGCAGCCCGGGAUGCGCACGUGAGUGUGGAGCGCGCCGACACCGGGGACGCGCGGAGCCACGUGCCUAUGGCCAGGCGCGCGUGGGGCCGAGCGAGCGUGUGUCUCCGCCGGGCGCUGUCGGGAGGGUGGGACGCCUGCCGCCUGUGCCUCCUGCCGCUGGUGCUCGCCUGCCACCUGUGCGGCGACGACGGCGGAGGCGGGGACGAUGGCGGCGACGUGACCCGCUCCGCCGACCGCGGCUUCCUCUCGCCGCCGUUUCCCUUCCCGUCGCUCGCCGCGCUGCUCCUUCUCGCGCUGCUGUCGGUGGUGGCGACGCUCUACCGCUGCCAGGACCAGCUGCUGUUCUUCCCAGAGCAGCCGGCGAGCUCGCGCGUGUUCGUGCCGCUCCCGCUGGGAGUGCCCCGUGAGAGCGUGCGAGUCCGCGCGCGCGACGGCGUGGCGCUCAGCGCCGUGUUCCUGCGCGCAUGCGACAUCGUGGGGGGCCCCGCCGCCCCGGCCGGCGUCCCGACCUUCAUCUACUUCCACGGCAACGCAGGGAACCUGGGCCACCGCAUGCCCAACGCGCUCAUGAUGGUCGCGCACCUGCGAGUGAACGUCCUGCUGCUCGAUUACCGUGGCUACGGCCACAGCGACGGGGAGCCCAGUGAGCACGGCCUCUACCUCGACGCCCAGGCCGCGCUGGCGCACGCGAUGGCGCGCCCCGAUGUGGAUCCAAGCUGCGUCGUCCUCUUUGGCCGCUCGCUCGGUGGCGCCGUGGCCAUCGACCUCGCCGCCCGCCAGCAGCAGCGGCCGGACGGAGAUGACGGCGGCGGCGGCGGCGACGGAAAUGGCCGCCUCCACCACCACCAUCACCACCACCGCCGCCGCCUCCUCCACCACGGUGCGCUGGCGCUGAUCGUGGAGAACACCUUUCUGAGCAUCCCGCACAUGGCGCAAGCGCUCUUCCCGGUGUUCUCGCGCGGCGGCGGCGGCGGGUCGUCCUCGUCGUCGUGUCGGCCGUUCCCGCUGCCGUCCUGGUGUUUCCGCAGCCGGUUCCCGUCGCACGAGAACAUCGCGAGCUGCCGCGUGCCCACGCUGUUCAUCUCGGGGCUCGCCGACUCGCUGGUUCCCCCCGUCAUGAUGAGCCGGCUGCAUGACCUCUCGCCCGCCCCCCUCAAACGAAUGGCCACGUUCCGCGAGGGGACGCACAACGACACGUGGCAGUGCCGCGGCUACAUCUCCGCGCUCCAGCACUUCCUGCGCGAAGUUCAAGCGGAACGGAGCGAGGCGCCCUCCGCGCCCGGCGCUCGCGACGUCGCCUCCGCCACUUCGAUUGGGGGGGGCGGUGGGGGGACAUUUGGGCUGGGCGCCGACGCCCUGGGCGCCGACUUAUUUGCGCCGGCGUCAUCGGCGCGCCGAUCUUUCAGUCAUCAGCAUAGUCAGCAAACUAACGCCACUCUCAUUUAGACUCGCGAGUUGUGUGCGUGCGGGUGAAGCGCUGGCGAGUUACUGCGAGGAAGGAGCGGGCAUCCGAGCCUUCGGCCGCCAUGAUUUGGUGGCGGCGACGGCAAGCCGAUUGCACUUUGUUGUGAUUUUUCACUCGUCAUGCACACGUUGCCAAAUACAAUUAAAUAACAUUUUAAAAAAAGUCAACGGAAAAAAGUUACUUCAGUGCUAUAUUUGUGUACAGAUUUCACGUGUAAGCGUGCCUAUUUUUCCAUGUCAUUUUUCCAUUGAGACAUAGCAAUCCACAAAGAUGUAUUUUAACACCUCCGAAAGCAAAAGUUUAAAAGGGAUGAAUUUGUUCCAGCGUUUUCAUGCAUUCAUGGACACGGCCGAGCGCCAGCGCCCAUUGGUUUUGUGGCGGUUCCACGCAGAAUUCUUGGAAUUUUUCUGAGGGAAUUGCUCUAGCUUCUUGUUUCUUUAGGGUUCUAUAAUGAAGAGUAUUGGGUGUGGCAGUUUGCUAUCUUUUUUUGGGUUUUCUGGAUUUCAGGUUUCUCAAACUGAUGGGAGUUGAAUAAAAUACGUCUUUAUAUGUGUG